AUGUUAUCCGAUAAAAAAGAAGCGUUGUUGCCGCACAAACACCUCGACCUCAUCCGCGCCCACCUCCUCGACAACCGCCACGACCACAAUGACGUCAUCAGCUCUAAGGACUACUGCCCGGAAGCCGAGGAGGACGACUUUCGACGGUACCGUGGUGUGCAGCAGCGGCCGUGGGGCAAGUACGUGGCGGAGAUCUGGGACCCAGUGCAGGAGGGCGUGAGCGUGUGGCUGGGCACCUACGACACCGCCGUGGAGGCCGCUCGUGCCUACGAUCACGCUGCGUUCCGCCUCUGCAGCUCCAAGGCCAUCCUCAACUUCCCCAACGAGGUCGCUGUCGGCACUGCCGCCCGAUGGCGGCUGCCGCCUCCUGCUGCCGCUCCUUUCUCUCCCGCCGCCGCUGCCGCUGUCAGCAGCCUGCCGCCGCGGUCGCCGUACCCGCAGCUUGCCUACUCGCAGCUCUCCGUCAGCUGA